CCUUCACGUACCAAAUCAAUACCCAUCAUGUAGAAGUUUCUCGAACACAUAAGAAAUGGUUACAAAUACACCACGAACGAAUCUGCGUUCGAAAAAUCAAACUUCUCUGCGUCCAAAUUCCGCUACCCUGCUUCGUUUCGCGAUUUCAUAACCAGGUGUAACGAAAUCAACAUGAGGGGAAGAAGCUACAGUUACAGUCCGUCACCUCCAAGGUACGGUCGAAGGGAACGCAGUCCUAGUCCUAGGGGGCGUUACGGAGGAGGCCGUUACAGAGGCCGGGAUAGAGAUUUGCCAACAAGUCUUCUGGUUCGGAAUCUCCACAAAGAUUGCAGGCCGGAAGAUCUGCACGAUCCAUUUGGCCAGUUUGGUCCUGUCAAGGAUGUAUACCUGCCUCGUGAUUAUUACACUGGGGAGCCAAGGGGAUUUGGGUUUGUUCAGUUUGUGGAUCCAGCUGAUGCUGCAGAUGCAAAAUAUCACAUGGAUGGUCAAAUUCUUCUUGGUCGUGAGUUAACUGUGGUGUUUGCCGAAGAAAACAGGAAGAAACCUCAAGAAAUGAGAGCAAGAGAACGAGGAAGGUCAUAUGACUAUAGGAGAUCUCCGCGUCGCCGAUCUCCUUCACCACGCUAUGCACGGACAUAUUCUCCUAGUCCAGACUAUUCCCCUUCUCCAAGACAAAGGCGAUACUCCAGAUAUUCCAGGUCAAUUUCACCAAGAGAUGGGAGGUAUAGAAGGGGAUCAUACUCCCCAUCCCCUUAUGCAUCAAGAAGCCCCAGACGAAGUAGGAGUUACAGCAGAAGCAUAAGUCCAGGAUACUCUAGAUGAUUUAACUUUGACUAGCUUGGUUAAUGUGGGAGAUGAUCUAAUUUAUGUCAUUUCUAAAGAUGCUUGUGUUCAAUGCUUCAAUGUUGUUAAUUGAUAUGGUAGUAGUAAGGAUUUGCCGUAGCUUUGUUAUUCUCUAUAUUUAGCCCUGUUUUUUUAUAUCAAAAGUUCUACUGGAUUAAGUUU